AUGCCACUUUUUAGCUGGAUGAAGUGGUCAAAAAGAGAUUCCCAUAAAUCCACACACUAUCCAGGCUCAGAUGUAGUAACAAAGACUCUGCUUCGGGAACUGACAUGGCAUCUCAAAGAACGUGAGAGAUUAGUACAAGAGAUUGAAAAUGAACAAAAAGUUAAAAAAACUGGUGUGGACUAUAACUGGCUAAAAAACUAUCAGAAUCCCCAAGCAACCAUCCCAGCUACUGAGCAAAGACAGCUUGAAGUUCUCUGCUCACAAGUUCAACCUUGCCAGACUGGAACUAUUCUCAGCAGAUUUCGAGAAGUUUUAGCAGAAAAUGAUGUUUUGCCAUGGGAAAUAGUCUACAUCUUCAAGCAAGUGCUGAGAGAUUUUCUAACCAAUGCAGAAAAACAAAGUCAACAGGAGGAACUGGAAGACACAUGGAAUACAAAUCACUCUGUACACUUUGGAGUUCUAGGUGAAAGUACCAAGAAUUCAGAUAAAGAGGAAAUUCCCACUAUUUCAAGUUACAUUGAUAAAAACACAAAAAACAUGUUCCCUACAUUCUCACAGAGAAUAUGGAAUCUACCAUAUUACUAUCCGUCAACUUAA